AUGCAAGUUGACGAUGGAUCCCAGAGCACGACAACGAUGAACAUCGUCCAGUCUUCUGGCGAAGCAAAACCUCCAGAGAGCGGGCAAGAAGCCAGUGAAUGGAAGUGGGAAGAUGACUCGUCUAACCCCUACAAUUGGCCCAAAUGGAAGAAGAAUUUACAGUUGGCGAUGAUAUCUAUCGUUGGAUUUUCCUGCUCAAUAGGAACCUCGAUCGUCAGUCCAGCUCGAUCAAAAUUUGUAGAAGAAUUUGGUGUGCCGAGUACGGCUGCAUUCCUGCCUCUAUCUCUAUACGUUCUGGCCCUCGGCUUGGGUCCUGUACUCGGCGGACCGUUGUCGGAAACAGCUGGCAGACAAGCUGUUCACAUCAUUGCCGUAGUCUUUGGAGGGCUGUUUGCAUUAGGAUCUGGCCUAACCAAUAGUUUUUCUGGACUAUGUGUGAUGAGAUUUCUGUCAGGUUUCUUCUAUGGGCCCGUCUUGGCUAUUGGUUCGGGCGUUCUGAAUGAGACCUAUCUGCCUGUUGAGCGUGGCUUGCCGUCAACGAUCUUCAUUUUAUCUCCAUUUCUUGGACCAGGCCUUGGUCCAGUCUUGGGGUCAUUCCUUGUUGACAGAAAAGGCUGGCGAUGGACGCAGUACACUCUAGUGUUCUUCUCAGUCUUCUCUUUGAUCUGGCUGUUUCUAUCUGGAGAGUCCUAUCACCCUGUUCUAUUGCGUCGUCGCCGAAAGCAACUUGGUCUCGUCGAACCAAGGUCGACUGCGAACUUACAGAAACUGCGACAAUUUCUCACCGUUGGGCUGCUUCGACCACUGCAUAUGCUCUUCACCGAACCGAUCGUGGCCAUUCUCUCCUUGUAUGUCGCAUGCAUGUUUGGAACACUGUUCAUGUUCUUCGGUGCUUUCUUCUAUGUCUUUGACAAAACCCAUGGCUAUACUCUCACUCAGACGGGUCUUGUGUUCUUAGCGAUCGCUUUCGGAUGCGUGCUUGGAUGUAUCACCAUGGUUCUCUGCGACCAUCAUAUCUAUCAGCCCAAGGCAAGACAAUUUUCCCCAAGCGAAAUCCCCCCUGAGCUGCGGCUCUACCCAGCCAUGUUGGGAAGCUUGGGUCUUCCCAUUAGUCUUUUCUGGUUCGGCUGGACAGCUAGGCCAGACGUCAAUGCUGCGGUCCCAAUCAUCGCAAUUGUCAUCUUUGGCUGGGGCAAUAUCACAUUGACCAUUAGCUCAAUCCAAUACCUCGGGGACACAUAUCAUCGCUCUAAUGUAGCAAGUGCGGCCAGCGCGAACAGCUUAGCAAGGUAUACCUUUGCUGCUGCGUUCCCAUUCUUCUCAUUACAAAUGUACCAAAAACUCGGUAUUGGCUGGGCAACAAGCCUUCUAGGAUUUGUUUCACUGGCACUACUUCCAGGCCCUUGGAUAUUCUUUAAAUUUGGCAAACGAAUCCGCCAGCGAAGCCAGUAUGAGACUGCGAGCUACUAG